GCAGUCGGGCCGCGACCUCCGUGCCAGCCGGACGUGUUGCCAGCGGCGCGCGCCGGAGAUAUUUGAAUCGCUGAUAGAAGAAUCAAGAGGUUAGUUAGUAAACAGGUUCAUCAAAGCUGAAUUCUUCCGAGCAGCAAAACCACCAUUACUAAGAAGAAACUGCUGUUCAUAAACAUAAAUUCUGUGGGCGGGCAGCAGCAUGCUGGUGAGCGCGUGGCUGUGCGUGGCGGCCCAGGUGCUGCUAGCGCCACAGGCCCCUGCCAUGGUCCAGAGGCUGGACAAGAGGCUGGACGCAGUCAAGAAGAUACUGCACGAGGUGCCGCUGGUGGACGGGCACAACGACCUGCCGUGGAACAUCCGCAAGUUCCUGAAGAACCAGCUGGUAAACUUCCGGUUCGCGGAGGACCUGCGCGGGAAGGCGCCGUGGUCUCGCAGCCCGUGGUCGCACACGGACCUACUGCGCCUGCGUGAGGGCAUGGUGGGCGCACAGUUCUGGUCGGCCUACAUCCCCUGCUCCACGCAGCAUCUGGAUGCCGUGCAGUUGGCGCUGGAGCAGAUAGACGUCAUCAGGCGCCUGGUCGAGAAGUACCCCGCCCACAUGACACUCGUCACCACUGCCAGGGGUAUCCGGAGCGCGCACGAGCAGGGCCUGCUGGCCAGCCUGAUCGGCGUGGAGGGCGGCCAUGCCAUCGGCACCAGCCUGGGGGUGCUGAGGAUGCUGUACCAGCUGGGCGCGCGCUACCUCACCCUCACGCACACCUGCAACACCCCUUGGGCAGACUGCUCCAUAAUGGACGAGCCAGGCCACAUCCCGCAUCUGGGAGGACUCUCCAGGUUCGGUCAACUGGUGGUGCGCGAGAUGAACCGGCUCGGCAUGAUCGUGGACCUGUCGCACGUGUCGGUGCCCGUCAUGUUGGACUCCCUGCGCACCAGCCGCGCGCCGGUCAUCUUCUCGCACUCCUCGGCGCAUGCGCUGUGCAACAGCUCGCGCAACGUGCCGGACCACGUGCUGCGCCUGCUGGCCUCUAACCGGGGAUUGAUGAUGGUGGCGUUCUACCCGUACUUCGUGAGUUGCAGCGAGUCAGCUACACUGCUAGACGUGGUCGCGCACAUCAACCACAUCCGCGACGUGGCGGGAGUAGACCACGUGGGCAUCGGCGCGGGUUACGACGGCAUCAACAUAACACCGCUGGGCCUGGAGGAUGUGUCCAGGUACCCGUUCCUGCUCGCCGAGCUUCUGGGCUCCGGCCGGUGGACCGAGGCUGACCUGCACAAGCUCAUAGGCCACAACCUCAUCAGAGUGUUCCAUGAGGUGGAGCAGGUUCGAGACCAGCUCCAAGCGGCGGGGGAGGAGCCCAUCGACGAGCACAUCCCCGCCGAAGACCUGUACGGCAAGACGUACUGCCGCUACCCCGUGUCCUGACGCGAGGCCGACACGCCCGCGUAAGGCCCGGGUGCUGCGGGCACCGCUCUGCUGGCGGCCCGUGUCACACGGUCACACUGCAAGCUGAGAGUCAGUGUGCACUACAAACCGUGUGAACAUACUGCAGUCUAGACAUGAAGGCACAUUUGAUGCUACUUUUUUGAGAAAGUUAAAGCGUUGAACUUGAAUUUUGUAACAUUUGUCAACAAGAGCGCUCAGUGAAAUGUUUCUCAAACAAUAUUCUAAAUAUUCGAGAUUUUGGUGACAUCGUUUGAAAAAAAAAAGUGUAAAUUUUAUUUAGUGUGAAGCAGAUUUGUAGUUUAUCCUUGAAUGUGUACUAUUUGUGAAUCCGAAUUUACAAUAAUUAAAGAGGAUUGGUAUAAAGACAAAAUCGAAUAUCUAAAAUUAGUUUUUAUAGUCAAGAGGCCAUAUAAUUUUUCUAUGCAUAUUAAUUAUCCUUUCUUUCUAUUCAUUUUAAUUGCAGAAUCGAAUAAGAGACCAGGAUACCACAAAAAGCAUUUUAGUGAAAUGUUCUUACCUACAUGUAGUUUCAUUCAGAUAAGUAAAAUGCACAUUAUCAAAAUAAAGAUGUGGUAUGAUUAUUCAGAUUUUGAUAUUAAAAAUGGCUUUGUACAAAAAGUCAAAAUAAAAUAAACUACCCGUAAUGAAUGAAGCUCAAAGCUUUGCAUUGGCAUUGCACCAAAUGAGAGAAGUGUUUGUUGCCUUUAUGACAGAAACUUGUAUUUGUUUUUUUAAAUAAUUGAAAUGUUUGAUUUUAAGCUUUAUUCAUUAUUCAAACCAGAGAUCUUAUUGUUUAAUUAUUAAUAUAUGAAUGUUUAUUACAAAUGUUCAGUGUAAAUUUUGAUUAAUAUUUUAUAGUGUACAUGUAUUUCAAUACUGAAUUAUAAUUCCUAUCCUGAAAAAUAUUAAUUUUAUGCAAGAUUAUGUCAUUUUUAUUUAUAAGAUUUAUAAGUCAGCUGGUUCUGUAUGAUGCAUUUAGUGUUACAAGAAAUGUUUUUUUUUCACCUGUAAUUAAAUGAUUUUAAGGUAAAA